AUGUUUUUUGAAGAUAAACCUGAAAAUGCAGAAACAAUGAAUGGAGAUAUUUAUCGAAGCAUGAUUUCCAAUUUUCUUUGGCCUAUUCUGGAUGACAUGGACACAGAAGAAAUGUGGUUCCAGAAAGACGGUACUACCUGUCGCAUUUCUGGGACUACAAUUUCAUUGCUUUGUGAACAAUUUGACGGCCGACUCAUUUCCAUUCGUGGCAAUCAGCAGUGGCCACCAAGGUCAUGUGAUUUAACUCCAUGUGACUUCUUCCUUUGGGGCUACAUUAAAUCACUGGUUUAUGCAAACAAACGGCGAACUUUAUUGGAUCUUAAGCAAGAAGUUUAA